AUGUCUGCUCGUGGACGCGCCACCAGCGCAUUAGCUCUUAUUUUGUCUGGCUCAAAUGAACGCACCUCACGAGGACCUCUCACACGAUCUGCUUCUUCUACUGCUGCCACCAGUCUGCCCGGCUGCCUCAGUAGUGGGAGUGGGGGUUUGGGUAGUGACGGUUUGUCUGGUUUGUCAGUCCCUUUGGGACUUACUAGUGGCCCUCUACAUAGGGUUGGCCCUGCCUACUAUGCCACUAGCCACGAUGAUAUGUCCUUACUUAAUAGUGCGAUUUCAGCAUCUAUUGCUGCUGCAGCUGCAGCACACCCGCUCACCGGCAGCAACAACAUGAGUACCCUGACAACUAGUGGCCUUGGUGGGGUGGGUCCUAGUGGCUGUAUGUUUGUAAGUGAGGCGAGCGGGUUCACUGCGUCUGCUGGUCUCCUAUACACUAGUCUUUCAUCAGGUCACUCUAUACUUCCUGGCAUACCAGCCAGUUUCCAGUUGAUUGGGGAUGGACAAUACACCAGGAAAGGGGAUAAGGAGGAAGGUUAUCUUGAAUAUGCAGCCAAUCAAGCUGACUUUGAGGAAGAUUCACUGAGCACAGAUGAAGAUAAUAACGAUGAGGAUGAAAGUGAUGGAGAGGUCAGUGAUCAGGCUCACCUUCGGGGACAAUCAUGGCGUCGUGAGAGAGACCGGCACCGGCUGCGUCACCCAUUCCCCAAAUUUGCUCGCGGACAGAAUGAAAAUACUAGAUUUGGUUCGGCCUCCUCUACGACAUCCAAAUUACCGCAGCCCUUUUCUACUCUUGAUGCUGCGAGGUUUACUGCUAUCCCUAAUCCGAGUGGUCGCGAACGGGCUGACAGUCAACAUGCUAUAUCUUCCACAGGAGAGCUGGUCGAACAACAGGCAUUUUCAUCCGUCCGCAUCCGGCAUUCUUUCGGUUCUGGGCUAAGCCGAGUCGAUUUGACGAGUGGAGACGGCUGCGGUGAUAGCAGUAUCUGCCGCCAUCGUAUUGAAUCUGGUGUUGCCGGCCCAACUCCUGCUUGCUCAUCAAGUAACACCAACGAGUUGACAAAUCCUGUCCGGUCAAUAUUUACACAUAGCAGAAUUGGAAACUCAUGCUCAUGCAGCAGCUCUGCUCUGCCCACUGGCGGCAGUUGCGCCUCCCAACUACCCGUCUCUCUAGCUUGCAUGGCCCCUCCUAGAGUUUCGGGAGCAAAUGCUUGUAGUGCAUCUACAUCUGCUAGGCCCUGGACUCAUCUGACUAAACAACAGCUAGUUUACCGACGCCUCUAUGGGCUAAUCGAUCAUCCAAGUGUAAGCUUGGUACGAACUCGACCUAGCUCGAGGUUCUUUGGUCUUGGCUAUCAAUUGCUUGCCCCGUCCUCUCCUUACACUCUGGCAUCUCACUACUCACAUACUUAUACCACUGCAUCCUUGAAUCGUCCUGGAGCAACGAUAGUUACUUGUCCUAUGUCCUCAGGCCACACGGACACGCUCCAUCGGCGUGCCUCCGCUGGCUUUCCUACAGAUGUCCUUACGUCCACAGGAGCUGACCCCAGUUGUGGUGGCGGUCUGUUUGCUCGUCGGUCGUUCACUCUUGGGGGCGUUGGUCAUGCCCGA